AAUCUUCACGUGCUCUGCUCUGCUCUGUGCUGCUCUGCCUCUGCCUCUGCCUCUGUCUCUCUCUCUCUCUGCUUUCCUAAUUUAUCGCUUUCUCUGCAACUCUGCAAAUCUUAUCCCAAUUCUCCUUUUGGGUCUUGGCCGUUAAGAGAUAUCCAUCUCAGAGUAGUUUUGUUCGUUGGUUGACAAAGAAGGCAGCAAGUGAUAAUUACUAUGGAGAACAAGAAGCAAGUGGGUGGCUCUUCUUCAUCCAUGACUUUUGAUCACCUUUUUGGUCCUAAAGACCCAUCUUCAGCUUCUUCAUCAUCCUCCACCGGAUUAUUUGGUUCCAUUUUUCCACCACCCUCUACGGUGCCAGGAAGGGACUACUCUCAUAACCAAGGCGGCAGUGCCAAAUAUGGAAAUCCAGAUGUUAUCAGUACUCAAAUCAGCAAGGGCACUGAACGAACUGGCACAAGAACUGGAGAAUUAAAGGGUUCCAAUAUUUAUCAGAAUGAAACAAUGGAACCUUGCUGUUUCAGCUCAUCCAUCUACUAUGGCGGCCAAGAGAAUUAUUCUCCAAGAACCCGCUCCUCCGAAUCUGACCAUAUUUUGAAGAAAGAUGGGAGAGACGAUGAUUCAAAUGGAAGCAAUCCGAAUAGCGCUUCAAGAGGGAACUGGUGGCAGGGUUCUCUCUAUUACUAACACUUUUGCCCCUACAUCAAAUGAACUCACCACCUUUCACAGGGGUGGUGAGAGCAUGCAGCAGCUUAAUAGUAUGGAAAUAAGAUGGUAAUAUUAGAGCAUAACAUGGUGAGGACCGACUUCCGAAAACAUGUUGGGUUCUUUUUGUCCCAGCAACUCAAUUUUGGCAAGUCGUACGUCUUAGGUACAAGUGCGGAUAUCUCUAGGCCAGGAGAGCUUAAUGUCGUCCCUGAUCUACUGCCCAGAAAAAUAAUGCGCUCCCUCUACUGGAGUCUUGUAUGAGCAACUUCAAUAUAUAUGCUCUUGCUGAUCUGGGUUUUAACACUCUAAUUGUAUCUCUAUAUGGACCAAGUAUGGUUAUGUGAGUUAAGUAAUGCUUUCUAGAGAAUAGUUUUUUUUUUUUUUUUUUUUUU